AUGGAUGACCCCUAUCACAACAACGUGAACCAGCAGGUGACCCAGGGCGGAGAGUACACCUACACCCAGGAUGAAAGCGGUCAGGAAGGCUACCCCUACCAAGCGGACUACCCUCCACAGGAGGAGGAUGCUCGUAGUGAUGACACCGAAGGAGCAGACGACAACGAGCAGAUGUACGAGGGGGAGUACCAGGGCGUCCCCCACCCCGACGAGAUCAAGGAGGCGCGGCGGGCAGCUCGGGUGGAGGCCAGGAGGAAAGCCCGUCUGGCAGCCCAGCAGGAAGAUGAGGAGGAUAACCUGGCAGAGCAGUACGAGACCAUCAUGGAGGACUGCGGCCACGGGCGUUUCCAAUGGAUGCUGUUCUUCGUGCUGGGCCUGGCGCUGAUGGCCGACGGAGUGGACGGCUUCGUGGUGGGCUUCGUCCUGCCCAGUGCCGAGAAGGACAUGUGCAUAUCCAACGCCGACAAAGGACUGCUGGGUCUGCUGGUGUAUGUGGCCAUGAUGGUUGGGGCGCUGGUGUGGGGGGGACUGAGUGAUAAGAUGGGCAGGAGGAAGUGUCUGAUCUACGUGCUCACCAUCGACCUGGUCUUCUCCUUCCUGUCCUGCUUCGCUCAGAGCUACGGCUUCUUCCUCUUCUUCAGGUUCUGCUCAGGCUUCGGAAUUGGCGGCUCCAUCCCGAUCGUGUACACCUACUUCACUGAGUUCCUGCAGAUGGAUAAACGUGGAGAACAUCUGAGCUGGCUCUGCAUGUUCUGGAUGCUGGGAGGCCUGUACGCCUCCUUCACUGCCUGGGGAAUUAUCCCUCACUAUGGUUGGGGCUUUGCCAUCGGUACCGAGAUCCAGAUGCACAGCUGGAGACUGUUCAUCCUGGUGUGUCUCCUGCCUGUGCUCGCUGCCCUCGUGGGAGUGGUCUUCAUGCCGGAGAGCCCACGGUUCCUCCUGGAGAAUGCCCGUCAUGAUGAGGCCUGGAUGAUCCUGAGACGAGUUCACGACACCAACUGGAAGGCCAAGGGAGAGCCAGAGAGAGUUUUCACUGCGACAAACAUUAAGACUCCACAGACACAAGAUGACGAGUUCAUCGAGAUCCAGAGCGACACCGGCACAGCCUUCCAACGCUGGACCGUCAGACACAUGACCAUGCUGCAACAGGUGAUGUCCAACAUCAUGUCGUUAUCAGCUCCAGAGCUCAGACUGCAAGGUCUCUUCCUGGUUAUUGUCUGGUUCUGUUUGGCCUUCAGCUACCACGGACUGGGCGUUUGGUUCCCUGAUAUGAUCAAGUACAUGCAGUAUGAAGAGUAUGAGUCCAAGGUCCGAGUGUUCCACCGGGAACGGGUCGAACGCUUCCACUUCAACUUCUCUCUCGUCAACCAGAUACACCGUGAGGGAGAGUACAUCCAUGACAAGUUUGCAAACAUUGAGAUAAAGUCUGUGAAGUUUGAGGAUUCUCUGUUUGAGAACUGCUACUUUGAGGAUGUCAAGUCGACCAACACCUUCUUUGAGAACUGUACCUUCAAAAACACAGUAUUCUACAACACAGACCUCUGGCAGGAAAAGUUCAAAGAAUGUCAAAUGGAGAACACCACCUUCCUCCACCCAAAGAAAGGCUGCCAUCUGAACUUCAUGGAAGAGAACGACAUCGUCAUCUACAUGGUCAGCUUCCUGGGCAGUUUGGCUGUGUUGCCUGGCAACAUCCUCUCAGCAUUAUUCAUGGACAAGAUAGGAAGGAUCAGAAUAAUAGGUGGUUCUAUGCUGGCAUCGGCUGCCUGUACCUUCCUGCUGCUAUUAAGUUUCAGUCAAGGAGCUGUGAUAUGUUGGCAGUGUCUCUUCUACGGAAGCAGUGUAGCAGCCUGGAACGGACUUGAGGUUAUAUCUGUGGAACUCUAUCCAGCCGCUAAAAGGGGGACAGCAUUCGGUGUCCUGAAUGGAAUUGCUAAGUUUGCAGCCAUUAUUGCCAGCUUCAUAUUCGCAGCCUUCAUCGGCGUUACCAAGAUCGUCCCCAUCUUCCUGGCCUUCGCCGCCCUCGUCUGCGGUGGCCUGGUGGCUCUCAAGUUGCCCGAAACCCGGGAGAAAAUCCUCUCUUGA